AUGUCGAUGGACAAAGUUGCUAGCCCUCGCUUCAGCACACGAAUUGGAAAUCUGGAUCCUGAGCGCCAUGUUACCGUCUGUGGAACGACCUGCUCGGCUCGGCGCAAGUCAACCUUUGGGUUUAUCACAGCGAUCGCCUGCUUGUCGAUGGAACCAGACCAAGGGCGGUUUGCAAAUUAG